UUCUUCAUCAUCUAGAUAAAGAAAAUUAAUUUUUUUAUUCAUUUAAAACGUCUCAAUUUUUGUUUAAAUUAAAUUUUUGUAUUAUUCAUAAAAAUUAAGCUUUUUUUUUUGUGUCAGAAAGUGCUGCCACCUAAAUCUAAUUAAAGAGAGAAAUAAAAAAAAAAAAAAAAAAUUUUGACCCACGCGUGUGUUCUCUAGACUCUAGUUUGCUCUGGCUUGCUCUAGACAUUUCUCUCCUUUUUUUUUAGCAUUUAUGUCGAGAGAGAAUUGAGAUUAAAAUUAAAUCAUGGCAGCGACAGCUUCAUUUGGUCUUUAUUUAGGAAAUACAUCAGCAUGUUUGGCAAUAUACAAAGAUGAAAAUGUUGAUGUUGUUGCAAAUCAUGCUGGUGAUCGUGUUACACCAGCUGCCAUUUCAUUUCACGAAUCUGAACAGAUAGCCGGAUUACCAGCAAAAGCUGGAAUAUUUAGAAAUGGACCAAAUACUGUUUUAAAUAAUAAACGUUUAAUGAAUAAAAAAAUUGAUAGUGAUGAAUUGGAAGAUGCAAUUAAAACAAGUACAAGUAAAAUUAUUGAUGAUGAUAAAAAUGCACUUCAUUAUGCAUUAAAAGUUGGUGAAAAAACUAAAAAAGUUACAGUUGAUUCAGUAUCAACAUUAUUAUUUGGUGCAAUGUAUGAUAUAUCAAUAUCAGCUGCUCAUGAUGAUGAUGAACAUAAUGUUGUAUUAUGUGUACCAAAUAGAUUCAAUAGUGAAAGUAUCAAAGGUUGGAGUAGUACUGCUGAAAAAGCUGGUUUUAAAGUGCUACAAGUUAUUGGUGAACCAAUUGCAACUUGUAUUGCUCAUGGUCUUGGUCAAGAUAAGACUAAAAAUGAACUUGUAUUGGUGUACAGAGUUGGUGGUGUAUCAAGUGAUAUAUCACUUGUAAAUAUAUCUGGUGGUGCAUUUACAAUUGAAUCAUCAAAAUAUUAUCCACAAUUAGGUGGACAAAAGCUAACAAAUUUAAUGACAAUAUAUUUGGCUGAAGAAUUUAGAAAUAAAUAUAAAAUUGAUCCAAAUGAAAGUAAAAGAUCAAUAUCAAAACUUAAAUUUGAUGCUGAAAAAUGUAAACAUGUAUUAUCAACAAUGUCAACAGCUCAUUGUUUUGUUGAAUCAUUAUGUGAAGGUGUUGAUUUUAGUCACAAUAUAACAAGAGCAAGAUUUGAAAAUAUUAUUGGACCACAUAUACCAGAUUAUCUUAAGCCAAUUGAUGAUAUAUUAAAUGCAUCAAAUAAAAAACAUAUUGAUAUUAAAAAAAUUAUACUGUGUGGUGGUACAAUGAAACUGCCAAAGCUCCAAGAAAAAAUUGGCUCUUUAUUUCCAAAUGGUAUAAUAUUAACAAGCAAAUGGAGUCAUGAUGAAACAAUGGCUGUUGGUGCUGCUAUUCAAUCAUCACAAUUAACAUCACGUGGUAUUAAAGAUUGUGAAUUAAAUUCAACAACUGUUGAACUUCAUUCACUUGCUAAAACAAUUACUGUUAAAAUUGAUAAUGCACAAUCAAUUGUUAUACCUGCAAAUACUGUUGUACCAAUUAAAAUUCAAACAAUUAUUGAAUUACCAAAUAUUAAAAAUGACAAAAUUGAAAUUAAAAUAUUUGAGGGUGAAGAUAAUGACAAUAAAAUAAUGCAAAAAAUUGGACUGAUUUCAUUGAAAAUAAAUGGACCAGGAAAAUUCAAAGUUGAUACUGAUUUAACUGAAUCAAAUUUCAUAAUUCACAUAACUGAAUCAUCAACAGGCAAAAAAUCAUCAUUUCGUUUUGCAAUUCAUGAUAGUUCAUAAUUUAAAGAAAAAAUUGCCAAUUGUAUAUAAAAUAUAAUAAAUCCAUUGGCCACAAUUAUUUUAAUUAACUUUUUUUUUAAAAAAAACAGCAUUUUGUUUUUCAUCAAGCUGUUCAACUGCCUUUUUAAAUAUCAAAAUAUUUUCAAAUAAAAAAAAAUGACUAUGAAAUUAUAAUAUUAAUUAAAAACAAAUCAAAGAAAAAAAAAAAAAUUCCAUUUGUAUUCUUUUUUUGAAAAUAUCCUUUUACAGAAAUAAAGAAGAAAAAAUAAUAUUUUUUUAAGAAAAAAA